CAAUCAAUGUUUUAUCAUCAUGUUGAAGCUACAAAAUGAAAUGGUAUAUCCAAAAGAAGUAUAAACAACAUGAUGAUAAUCAAGAUAGCCUAAUAUCUACAUCGAAUAAUUCAAGAUUAAUUUCCGAAUGUCCAAAUCAUUCGGAAUCAUUUAUUAUCGAUAGAAAAUUGAUAAACAAACAUCAUCAUCAUCAUCAUCCAAAUCGAAAAGAACGACAUUUUUUCACCAGUCUUUGUCUUAUAACAUUUAUAUUGAUUGUUUUAAUAUUGAUUUCAAGUAAUAAUUUCAAUUUGAUUUUUCGUCAUCAAUUUAUUAUAUGGCCGAAUCCCGGAUUGGACAAGAAAUCGAUGAAUGAAACCGAUAGGAUAAUUUCGAAUGAAAGUCAAAAAGUACUUCCACAUUGUAUAAUUGUUGGUGUUCGUAAAUGUGGUACAAGAGCUUUAUUAGAAUUUCUUGAUAUUCAUCCACAAAUCACAAAAGUGAUUAAUGAAAUUCAUUUUUUUGAUGAUGAAAAACAUUAUAAUCUUGGCUUAGAAUGGUACCGGCAACAGAUGCCUGCAAUAUCAAUAAAUCAAUCAAAUAUUGUUAUUGAAAAAACUCCAGCUUAUUUUGUUACCGAAUCAGUUCCGGAACGUAUUUAUGCUAUGAACGCAUCAAUUAAAAUUAUAUUGAUUGUUCGUGAACCUGUUGUACGAUUAAUCUCAGAUUAUGCUCAACUGGCAAGUAAUCGAAUGAAAAGUGGUGGUAGUCAGCGUCGUAUAGAAACAUUUGAAGAAUCGGUUCUUUAUCCAAACGGAAAAGUAAAUUCCAGUUAUAAAGGAAUACGAAUUAGCAUGUAUGCUGUUUAUUUUUCACGAUGGAUUAAGCUAUUUUCAAAAAAUCAAAUACACGUUGUUGAUGGUGAUCAAUUUGUUUAUGAUCCAUUACCUGAAUUGAAAAAAAUCGAAACAUUUUUGGGCCUACCACAUUCGAUUGGACAUGAUGAUUUCAUCUAUAAUGUUACCAAAGGAUUUUAUUGUAUACGAUUGGCUGAUAAUCAGGAAAAAUGUUUGAAUAAAAAUAAAGGCCGUCGACAUCCGGAUAUAAAUCCUGUUAUAAUUAAACGUUUACGAAAAUUCUAUGAACCAUAUAAUAAAUUUUUCUUCAGUUUAGUUGGUCGAAGUUUUAAUUGGCCAAAUCGAUAAUCAUCAACAUUCAAUUCAUCUAAUUUUCAUUUCAACAUGAUUUUCUAUGGU